AUGUGGCUCGAGCGCUACGCUAGUCCUGUUCCACCAUGUGAAUCUACCUGCAGGUCGGUCUCCGGGCAACUUACACUUCAGCAAGAGCAGCUGAUAGAUCACAUCAGUAGCUUUCUUACCAGCGAAGACCUCGAAAAUACUCUCACCGUAAACAGAGCGUACAAUGCUGCCGCGGAGCGAUUAUCUGGCACCUUCUCCAGCUUUGAUCUGACCGAACACAACUCGCAAACAUUCAUUACCAUCUAUGGCGGCCCUCGUCUUCGCCAGCUCUACCAAGUGGUUUUCCGUACGAGUUUUCCGCCAAUACUAGACGCUGCCGUCGGUGGCCUCGCUUGCCGAGAAACCACGCAAGAACUACAAGAAAAAGAUGAGUGUUUCUCUAGCCAAAUCGGACUACUGUUUUCGACACUCAAGGCUGCUGAGCUACGUGCUGCCAAACCCGCUCCUCGACGCACCAAAAUCGUCAUCCACAGCCCAACAAGACAGAUAGGGAAACAGAUGUUGAGAGGCUGCCGUCAUCGCAUGGAUAUCAGCUGGAGGGUUCGUUUACUAGCACCUGAAAGCCUCCCAGAACUUCGUUUUGUGAGGUCACUUCAAGUCGAUCAGGGCGACCCUACCAUAACCCCCUUACGUGGCACAGAAAUCUCAAAGCUAGACUUACGGAUGAUUGUGGAUCUAGCAAAGAAGCUACCCAACUUGGAGUUUGUUGGGUGUCAGCUUGGUCAGGGCGAAGUCUGUCCGAAAUAUGUUGGAAGGAGCAGAUUCUGGGCACAUUAUGAGAAUGAUUGGGAAGGCCCACGACGAGACACCCGACAUCAUUUCGCAGAGGCUGUUGAAAGCUUCUGCUUGCCCUCGACGAUGGAGCGUGUUCGCCUCGAUUUUUUGGACAACUAUGAUAUGCAGAUUGAGCACCUUGACCAGCGAGAUGAUAUGCCUGAUCUGGUCGGUCCAGCGAAGCGUGAUCCGUUCAGUAGCUCACUGUGCACUUUGUCUCACAGCCUGCGCAUACUUGAGCUACGAGGUAUCGUCGACUCAAACUUGUUUGAACGUCAUUGUGACGACCAGACUCCGUGGCCGAACCUCGAGUCGCUUGAGAUCAUGUUCUGGCCCAUCUCUCCAUCUGGAGCAUGGUACUUCCAGGGACCCAACGGAGAAGGUGGACAGUCCAUCUCCUACUCAGUGACUGAAGAUCACUAUCCGCCUCUCGGACCGAACACGAAUGAUGUCGUUCACGAUGAAUAUCUGGAGGAUCGGGGUCGUUCUGAUGAUAAUACUGUAGGUGGCGCUGGUUUCAGGAUCACUCCCAACGAUCGUGUCUUGGUACCUUUCCUCACUGCAUUUGCAAGAGCGGCAUCAAGAAUGCCAAAGCUGAAGGAUGCCAGUGUAUGGUGUCCGUUGGUGUGCUAUCGAGAUGAAGAGGGAGUGUCUCUGCAUGGGUCAUUGUACGAGCACUUGAACGAUCUAUCCCUGGCUUGGGGUAUAACAUACGACAAGCCAUCUCUACCUACACCUCGCAAACUCGCAUGGCGGGUUUCGACUUGGCGCCCUGACGAAAAACUACAUGUGUUGUUCCGAGACAUCGGACGUAUACAGCAUGGGGAUGAACUGGAAGAGGAGUGGACUGAUGAUCAGACAGGUGAUGAUCUUGUCAGUCGCGAAUUCUUCUCCUACUACUAA